GGCGCGGGAUCCCCGGCGAUCCAGGCCGGGUUUUGCGGCGGCGGGCGCGCGUGCGGGGCCCUCGUCCGUGGCUGCCGGCGUCGGUCGGCCGCGGGAGACCAUGCUGCUGGACGAGCUGUGGGCCGCGCUGUCCGGCGCCUCCGGGGCUGCCCUGGCCUGCUGCUUGGUGGCGGCGGCCGUGGCCCUGCGCUGGUCCAGUCGCCGGCCGGCGAGGGGCGCGGCGGCCCGGGCGCGGCGGAGGCAGCAGGCGGCCCUGGAGACCAUGGAUAGGGCGGCGCAGCGCUUCCGCCUCCAGAACCCUGACCUGGACUCGGAGGCACUGCUGGCCCUGCCCCUGCCUCAGCUGGUGCAGAAGUUACACAGCGGGGAGCUGUCCCCUGAGGCUGCACUCUUCACCUAUGCGGGAAAGGCCUGGGAAGUAAACAAAGGGAUCAACUGUGUGACCACCUACCUGGAGGACUGUGAGACUCAGCUGUCCCAGGCCCCGAGGCAAGGCCUGCUCUAUGGCGUCCCUGUGAGCCUCAAGGAGUGCUUCAGCUACAAGGGCCAGGACUCAACCCUGGGCUUGAGCCUGAACGAGAGCAUGCCUGCGGAGUGUGACAGUGUGCUGGUGCAGGUGCUGAAGCUACAGGGUGCUGUGCCCUUCGUGCACACCAACAUCCCUCAGUCCAUGUUCAGCUAUGACUGCAGUAACCCCCUCUUUGGCCAGACUUUGAAUCCAUGGAAGUCCUCCAAAAGUCCAGGGGGCUCCUCCGGGGGUGAAGGGGCCCUCAUUGGGGCUGGAGGCUCCCCCCUCGGCUUAGGCACUGACAUCGGAGGCAGCAUCCGCUUUCCCUCCGCCUUCUGUGGCAUCUGUGGCCUCAAGCCCACGGCGAACCGCCUCAGCAAGAGUGGCCUGAAGGGCUGUGUCUAUGGACAGGUAGCAGUGCAGCUCUCAGCUGGCCCCAUGGCCCGGGAUGUGGAGAGCCUAGCGCUGUGCCUGCGAGCGCUGCUGUGUGAGGACAUGUUCCGCCUGGACCCGACGGUGCCCCCGCUGCCCUUCAAGGAGGAGGUCUACACAAGCUCUCGGCCCUUGCGUGUGGGGUAUUAUGAGACCGACAACUAUACCAUGCCCACCCCAGCCAUGAAGCGGGCUGUACUGGAGACCAAGCAGAGCCUUGAGGCUGCUGGCCACACGCUGGUUCCCUUCCUGCCAAGCAACAUACCCCAUGCUCUGGAGACCCUGUCAACUGGUGGGCUGUUCAGUGAUGGCGGCCACAGCUUCCUACAGAACUUCAAAGGUGAUUUCGUGGACCCCUGCCUGGGGGACCUGAUCUCAAUUCUGAAGAUGCCAAGUUGGUUGAAAGGACUGCUGGCUUUCCUGCUGAAGCCUCUGCUCCCGAGGGUGGCAGCUUUUCUUAACAGCAUGAAGCCCCGGUCGGCCGGCAAGCUCUGGGAACUGCAGCACGAGAUUGAGGUGUACCGCAACUCCGUGAUUGCCCAAUGGAGAGCCCUGGACCUGGAUGUGCUGCUCACCCCCAUGCUGGGCCCUGCUCUGGACUUGAACGCCCCGGGCAAGGCCACAGCUGCUAUCAGCUACACUGUGCUCUACAACUGCCUGGACUUCCCAGCGGGGGUGGUGCCUGUCACCACGGUGACCACCGAGGAUGAGGCCCAGAUGGAACAUUACAAGGGCUACUAUGGGGAUAUCUGGGACAACAUGCUACAGAAGGCUGUGAAGAAGAGUGUGGGGCUGCCCGUGGCUGUGCAAUGUGUGGCUCUGCCCUGGCAGGAAGAGUUGUGUCUGCGGUUCAUGCGGGAGGUGGAGCGACUGAUGACCCCUGAAAAGCGGCCAUCCUGACUGCUGCCUGCCCCCCCUCGCCUGGCUCCGGAGGACCUGAGACCAUUCCAUCUGUGCCCCGCCUAGCCUGGGCACAGCUGCCACUCUGAGAGGAAAUGUUCGGCCUGGGGCAGAGGCUUCUGUGUCCCCCGCCCCCCCCAUCCCCUACAAGAAGCACAGACCUCCCUGAGUCUGGACCUUGCUCCCCAUCCUGGUCCCCUCCCCCUGGCCUGACACCCCUCCCUGUGGCAGGCAGUGGGUAUGACAUGGGCAAAGGCCUCUAACAGUCAAGAAACGUUUCUAGUCUGUGUACUUUCUGGCCGUCACUGUCAGGGCACUGAGGGUUGAGCCCUACUCCAGCCUUGGCAGUCUCCUGGGUCCCCACACCCGCAGGAACGACACAGGCUUCUCAGAGUGGGUCUUGCGGUCUGGCACCGCCCCCUCCCCCGCUCCCCGCGCUUAGACUAAGCCCUGCUUUGCUAGGCAUUGCCUUCUCUUCUUUCUUUGCUCCUUCCUUCUGCCAAGCCCUUUCUGCUCCUCUGCCAUUAAAUCCUUGGAGGCCCUGCUCAGAUCCCUCUUUCUCGAGAAGGCCUUCCCUCCUUCCUCAGCCCUGGUAUAGGUGGGCUGUUUCUUCCCAGUCUGCCCUGUGCGGUGGGCAUCUGUGGGUGGCUUUGCCUUUCUUAGUACACUGGCUCUCCUUGACUGCAGGGACCCUGAUGCUCAGGGACCCCCCUGAGGCUCUGUCCUUAGUGGCCAGCACAGGGCAGCGGGGAGUCUGGGGUGCUGGCCAGGAGGUUGCACUGUGGCGGGGAGGGGGCCUGUAGGCCUCUGGUCAAGAGCACUCACAGGGCCGGCCAGGAACUGGAUUGUUCUAGGGAGGCUUCCCAGAGGAGGAGGACCUGUGUUGAGUGUUGGAGGUUCCCAGAAGCUGAGAUGGGAGUAAGGACAUUCCCGGGAGAAGGAGCCAUACACCCAACUCAGACAUACUGAGUUCAGUAAAUGGAAGUAUUGAACGGGCGUAGGAGAAGCAGCAGAGAUGUAGGUGGAGGCCAAAUCAAGGUGGACUUUGGAGGUCGGUUCAGGAACUUGAAUCCUGUCUCAAGGGCAGUGGGGAGCAUCUAAAGGAUCACACAGAUGCAGUGAGGAGAGUAGACUGGGGAGACAGCGCCUGGAGAGGGUUAUGGAGGCUGAGGUCUAAUCCUAAACUGGGGAAGAGGGCCUGGGGCCUGAGCUAGGGCCAUGGCACAGGGGUGGCUUGGGAAUCAACAGUUGGGGCAGAAGCGAGCUGUCUCAGCUCAGUCUCCCCUCCACCCAAUCUGCCAGCCUGCCUCUGAGGGGACUGCGUUGCCUGGCGGGUGAGGGUGUGACAAGUCUCUGACGAAUCUGGGGGCUCCUUGGCCCCCUUAAGCAGAGCUUACUCUUCCCUGGCCCCAGCCCUAACCGCCCUGCUUACUGUAGGUGUUUCUCAGCCUGGGUCUUGGGUCGGGUAGGUCCCUGGUUCUACCGGGCCCACUUCACAUUCUUUUCAGGGCAGGCUGCCUUCCCGAGGCUUCCUUCCUCAUCCUGACUUUCCUCCUUCAGAAGGGCUUUUCCUUCCAGGUUACGUGCCCAGUGACACCUGUACUGUCCGACAGUGGUGUCCCUGCCUCAGUGGGACCAGUUUCAGGGUAGACCCGAGGCCUCACACUUCAGGGCUGAUUGGAGGGCCUCACCCACAUGGACACCUAGAGUGGGAUGGCCAGGUAGUUGCUGCGCUUUACCCAGAUUCCUUGUAACUGCUCUGGCAUUUUGCCCCAAAUCAUUCCCUAGAAUCAUCUAUAUACCACCCCAUCCCUCGGCAUCUUACUCCGCCCCAUUUCUCUCUUUGGUUACUGAUGUGAUUUUUAAAAAAUUUUUAUAAAAGAUUGAUUUAUUGGGGUGCCUAACUCAGUCAGUUAAGCCUCUGCCUUCCGCUCAGGUCAUGAUCCCAGGGUCCUGGGAUUGAGCCGCAUGUCAGGCUCCCUGCUCAGCGAGGAGUCUGCUUCUCACUCUCCCUCCCCCUCUACCUCUCCCCCUGCUCGUGCAUCCCCUUCCCAUAAAUAAAAUCUUAAAAGAAAAGAUUCUUUAUUUUAGAGAGUGUGCAUGCAUGAGCAGAGUGGGAGUGGGGGGUGGGGGGUGGGGGCAGAGAGAGAGGGAGAGAGAAUCCUCAAGCUGACUUCCUGCUGUGUGAGGAGCCUGAGGCAGGGAAGGGCUGGGGCUCAGGACCCUGAGACCAUCAUGACCUGAGCUGAAAUCAAAGAGUCAGACGCUUAACCAACUGAGCCACCCAGGUGCCCCAAUAUCCUUGUGCUCUUAGUCACAAGGCUGUGGGGCGGUGCCUGUCCCCUUCACUGCUUCACCCUUUGAGCCCCAGUGUGAACUCGCCCUGCCCUGUGCUCAGUGGUGCUGGAGCUCUACUAAGCCCGGUUCCCAUCCUUGAGAGGCCCUGGGGCUUUUGGGACUGUUGGACAUUAUCUAGCACAUCUGCUCCCUGGGUGAUCAGGGCUUGAGGAAAGGUUAGACAAAGGGAUAAAUGCCAAGAGGUGGGGGGGGGGUGAGGUGGGCCAGGUGGUCACUGUAACCAGAGAGGGCGCAACCCAUGUGGACGCCUAGAUUGGGAUGGCUGGGUAGCUGCUUCAUUUUGCCCUGGAUCCUUGUAACUACUGUGUCCAUUUGUCUCAUCAUUCCAUAAAACCACCUGCCUCUACUUUUUUCCUUCUCUUGCCCUAUUUCUCUCUUUGGUUACUGAUAUACUUGUGCUGUUAGCCACGUGGCUGGCUGUCGGGUGCCUGCCUUCUUUCCUUCACUGCUUUUGAGCCCUGGCGUGACCUUGCCCAGCCCUGUGCUCAGCGGUGCCAGAGCUCUCCUAAGCCUGGCUACCAUCCUUGAGAGGCUCCGGGACUUAGCGGGGGGUGUUUGGACAUUAACACUGGCACAUCUGCUCCCUGGUGAUCAGGGCUUGGGGAAAGAUUAGACGAAGAGGCAAAUGCUGCCGAGAGUGGGGGGUGGCCUGGGGCAACUGGUCACUGCGGCCAGUGAGAGACCCCCGAGUUCCACCUCCACUGCCGCACUAGCACUCUGGUCCAAGCCACCCACUCUGGACUGUGCAGUAACCUAACUGGGCUUCCCUGCCUCCAGCCUCACUGUUCCCCAGUCCAUUUUCCAUGCAGUUGCCAGAGGGUUGCUUUGAAAGUGUAAAUCAGAUCGAGUCACUUGUCUCAAGACCUAAAGGCUUCCCAUCCAACUCAGAAUAAAAUCCAGUCUCCUCCUGUGUCUUACGAG